AUUGGUGAAAGCAGGGUGAGACAGGAACGGCACGAUUAACCCGACCUUGUCCUCCACAAGACAACAAACCCUAAUUCCUUCAAUCAUCGUUGAAAUAAUUGUCUCCCUUCACCUACUUCUCUCUGUCUUCCCCUCGCCUUCCUUCCUUCCUUGCGCGGAUUUCUCCUACGGAUCCCCAAUUUCUCGUCGAAAUUGGUGCUUUGAAGGAACAAAUUCCAGGAUUCGGUUCCGGUUCUUCCUUUUUUCUUUUUUUACUGUUGUUGUGUGUCAAUCGGAGCUUUGAAGGGACGAUGAUGACGACGAUGAUGUCGGUGACGAUGGUUGCUUUCGGCCCUUGUUUUGCGUGAAGAUUUCUGGUUUCUUACGGAUUAAGGUCCUAUCGAUCUGUUGUUGUCGCUCGCUAAGUUGUCGGGCGGCAGCUGCGAUGACUUCUCAUGCUGGAUCCGGAGAUCUGCUGUCGGAUGCCGAGAUUGGAUCGGUUUCGAGAGAAGGUUAGUGGCUUGUUGGAAGAUUUUGGUGGCGCCCGAUGUCGUUCAAGAGCAUAAUUCAGGAUAUGAGGGAUGAAUUGGGGAGCAUCUCGAGGAAGGGGUUGGAGGUGAAGCUGGGGUAUGGGCUGAGGUCAACGUCGCGGCGGACGGUGCAUGAUGCCCUCGGGCCGCCGCUGGUGGAUGCGCUGAGUCAGAGCUGCUGGGCGAACAUGCCCCCGGAACUGCUGAGGGAUGUGCUGAUGAGGAUCGAGGAGGCCGAGGGCUGGUGGCCGCAGCGGAAGGACGUGGUGGCCUGUGCUGGGGUGUGCCGGAGUUGGAGGGACACGAUGAAGGAGAUCGUGAAGACGCCUGAGGUGUCGGGCAAGCUAACCUUUCCUAUCUCCUUGAAGCAGCCGGGCCCAAGGGAUUUUCCUCUCCAAUGUUUCAUAAGGCGGAACCGAAGCACACAAACUUACCAUCUUUACCUUGGUCUUAAUGAAGAUGAUGGAAAAUUCCUGCUUGCUGCACGAAAAUGUCGGCGUCCUACAUGCACCGACUAUCUCAUCUCCCUUGGUACAGAUGAUAUGUCAAGGACGAGUGCUACAUAUAUCGGGAAACUGAGAUCUAAUUUUCUGGGAACCAAAUUCACCAUCUAUGAUGCUCAGCCACCUCAUGCUGGAGCUAUGAUAUCGAGAAGUCAUUCCACUCGCGGAGGUGGUUCUGAACAAAUCUCUCCCAAGGUUCUUGCUGGAAACUACCCUGUUGCCCACAUUGCUUAUGAGUUGAAUGUGUCGGGUUCGAGAGGUCCUCGAAGAAUGCACUGUGUCAUGGAUUCAAUACCUGCUUCUGCAAUUAAACCAGGAGGGGUGGCUCCAACUCAGAUAGAGUUCCUGCAUGCCAGCCUUGAUUCUUUUGCGUCUGUACCAUUCUUCAGAUCUAAGUCAUCACGGAUAGAAUGUUUGUUGGGAUCAUUUUCUGGCUUGAAUGAGGAAAAGUUGGUUUUGAAGAACAAAAAUCCAAGGUGGCAUGCACAGCUUCAGUGCUGGUGCCUGAAUUUCAGGGGACGGGUAACUGUCGCAUCAGUUAAGAACUUUCAGCUGGUAGCUUCUGACGAGAUUGGAUCAGUCAGCCAAGAGCAAGAGAAGGUAAUUCUCCAGUUUGGCAAGGUGGGGAAGGAUUUGUUCACGAUGGACUAUAGCUAUCCAAUAUCAGCAUUUCAGGCAUUUGCUAUCUGCCUCAGUAGCUUUGACACCAAAAUAGCUUGUGAAUAAAACCAGAGACCUGCAUUAAUCCAUUUGUUCCGUUGGUGCUUCUUCACUAGAAUUCAGCAAUGAAGUAUCUAUCAUUUGCGGCCAUGAUUACCAGUUUAAGUUGAUUAACCCAAGCUCUGCUAUGGCAGGUAAACCUCCAAAAGCCUUCCCGGUCGUGUAGCACUUGCCGCUUGUGGUUAAAAACUUGAAAGUCUUUAGAAGCUCCUACAGCAAUUCAGAUACCAGCUAACUUUUUUAUAAGGUGGUAUGAUCCUGUUGUUUUUCCUCCUAUGAGGGUACCAUUUUUCCACCUUGGUUGAAAGUAAUGUAAUUCUCCAAAAUCUAUGCUAUCACUAACUCAGUUGCUCAAGACCAGUAUCCAUGUGAACAUGCACCAAUUGCUUCAAGUUGAACAAGUUGCACAUCAACAGUGGGAGAAAGAGAGGCAUGCAAUGUGGGACACUGGUUUUCUGGAGGUUCUCUUUCUUCAUUUCUAAGAUCUCAAUUUCCCAACCUGCAACAAAGUAAGUUCUAUCAAGAUCAAAUUUGGAAAGAGGGAAAAAAAAUCAACUGAGCUCUAGCAUGAAGAUGCAAAGGGGCAUCGUAUGGUCUCCUCAAGUUGAGGCCUUAAAAACCAAUUGACCAGAUCUCCUUCCAAGUCUCUUCCACUAAUGGAUGAAGUAUUUGUUUAGCUUGUUGAAUACUUACCAUACAGUGAUAUUGCUUGCCCUGGCAGGAGCACAUAUGCUACUUCACUGGGAAGAUGAAAUGGCAACAAACUUAAGCUUUUUAGACCUUAUAUGCUGCCACUUAUAAUAAUGUAGAAAUCACCUAGCAUUGCUUCAUUAUAAGUAUGACAUAAAAUUAGAUGAUCUCCAUCAGAUGUGCUAAUUGAUACACCCAUGAAUAGACGCAAGUCAUCCAACAUGCGGUACACGGUGUACCAUCUUCCCAACUUUAGAUUGUACUCUUCUUCUUUUCUUCAUGAACUGAAUCAAAGUUCAAAGUAUAAUUGUUUAAAUCAAAGUAUAAUUAUAAAGCAUAAGUAAUACGCUAUGCAAUUUGAUCUAUCAAAUUUGUAGGUUAAAUUUUUUUGUAAUAUUUAAUUAAGAUUAAUCCAUUUUUCUUAUAAAUUUAUUGGCAUGGAAGAGGCACGGCAACUACAUUGGCGCAGGGCCACGUGCUAUGGUGCGAAUCUUAAAGCCCAGCCCGGCUUAGACGCUUAGCCCGGCCAAGUCUUUUAAGGCUUCGGCCUGCCAGGGAAGAAACCCUAAUUCCGAUCUAAAGGCGAUCCCCUGCGCCGUCCCUCGGUUCCAUCUCCUUCCUCUCUCUUCGCAACGAUAUAUAGAGAACCAGAUCGUUUGCUCAAAUAUUCGCUGGUGUUUGUUGGGGAUGAGUUCUCGUCUCCAUCUUUAACUUCUUUGAUUCUUUCUGACUUGCACGUAUGGAUUUAUUUGUUGGCUGAAGGUCUUUUAUCUGAGUGAUGGGAGUGAUCUUGUUUGUCUUUCAGUAUGAUCAUCGGAUUUGUGUGUAAAACAUGUUCGAAAUAACGUUUUUCUUGGGGUUUAUGCUUUUGCGUUUCGAAUGAUGUUGUCGUUGGUCUUCUUGGCAUAAUCCGUGGAUAUCUGUGGGGAAUUGAUAUGUUUGGUGUCCGAAAAUGUGGUUCUUUGCUCAGCGGUUGUGUCUCUGCCUAGUAAAUAUGUGUUUUACUUGAAAUGAAAUUUAAGGGACUUUUCUUGGGUUUGGGUUUUCUGUUUGGAAUGCUUUGCUGAUGAUGAUAGCUUUAGGCAUGAGCCCCAACAACAUCUGCGCUCCAGGAUCGUUGAUGCCUGGGUUGUUGUUCGCAAGGAUGAAUGUGCCAAAAUGCUAAUCUGAGGUCUUAUUGUUCGAAUGUAUAGGAUUCAGAAAUUUCUCCAUUUUUUAAUCUAUCUUUUCAAUUAUAUAGCCAGGGUAAGUGUUGCUGAUGAUGGUAGAUAUAGGCAUGAGCCUCAACAACAUCUGCGCUCCAGGAUUAUUAUUUGCCUGGGUUGUGUCAAGGAUUAAGCAAAUUCAUUGUUUUUACACUUGUUUUGAACUCUGUGGCGAGGAAUAGAAUGUAGAAGAUGUCACUGAAUCCUCCGAACAAUAAAUGCUAAAAUACAAUAUGUAUAUAAUGGAUAUCAUCAUCUUGUUGUGUAACAGUGAAAAUUAGUCAUGUCUGUUUCUGCAACAUUUUGUGAAAAAAAAUGAGUCAUACUUUAUUUAACAAAAUAUGCCUAACUAGUUUGGUUUCAGACACUUUCAGAUAAUGCUAAGAUAUAGUCUUACAAGGUUUACACAUUAACCAGAAAGAAUUCUGUAGAUACUCAUGGUGUUGAAAGCUAGACGAACUGAUUUAAAGCCAUUAUAGCAUUUGAACAAUACUGAGUUAUAGAUUAGAUUUUGAAUGGCUUACUCAGUAAUAGAUCUUUUUUUGUUUUUAAUAAAUAUCUUCUCACCAUAUCUUUUUAUGUGAAAUCAUAAAUAUGUAGGAGCUCAUGAUGAGCAUGAUGCUUAUUUUGCCUGGGAGAGUAUUUAUCAAUUUUCCAAGUUUUUUUCUAUCAUUUUUUGCAAUAUGCCUUGGAUGUAUUCUGCAGCUGCAAGAUAGCUGUAAGAAUUUAUGCAUUGAAUUCAGAAAAAAGAAGUGUCGUGGAUAGCUGAAGUAAACUCAUAGCUGAACUGUCAAAGAGCAUAUGCUGUAGUGCGACAAUUUACCUGGGAAUUUUAAGCGUAUAAGAUGACAUUGGAUAUUCAAACAAUGAGCAUGAAAUUUCAGUAUAUCUUCAACGCAUAUGACUUUUAUAUUUUGGCAUAUGUGACCUAAUUAUAAUUGUAUAGAAAAAGAUAAAACAGUAUUCAAUUUUAGCAUAUGUGAACUAGCCAAAUCUUUGUCAGCUGAUAUGAUAUUAAGAUUUCAUUUUUAUAAAGUUCCUUGGGAAAGAAGAUACAAUUGUCCGAAUUCUUGAAGAAUCCUGACUUCUCCUUUUGGUUCCUGCCUUUUACUGUUAGGUUGGAUAUGUGGUUAUCUGGGACUAGAACUGCAUUGUUAGGUGGAUACAGGAAGUAUGCUUAAUCUAAUAAUGUAUCAUAUUUUGUGUAAUUUGAAAUUUUGGUUUAUUCUUUAUUUUAACAUGUAAAGCAUAUUAGAAAAGUUUAUAUUUCAUUUUAUUGUUCCUCUUGCAGUUGAUUUUUAAAAGUGUAUUAUAACCUAAUAUGCGUACUAAGGCAUGCUAUUUUUUGCUCAUUGUGAGCUAUGUGGAAGAGUGGUUGAAGACCAGCAGUUUACAAGUGAAUGGUAGGUUUUAUUUGCAAAUGUUAGGUGAGGUCUACUCCCUGCUCGAUGGCUUUAUAAACCCAGUCCAUCUUGAAAUAAAGCCAUGAGUUUGUCAUUGUCCUGUAGGUUUGCAUUCUUACCAUAUGGUCGUAGUUUGUAAGAAGGAUUGAUCACAUGGGACCUGGUGGACCUCCUGGCCCAGGCCCAGGCCCAGGUUGGGGUCCUGGACCUGGGGGCCCUGGGCCUUGUGGCCCUUGCUGCGAUUUACUCUCUUCAUGUUUUUCCUUCCUCUGCUGCUGCUGGUUGCUUCGAGACUGCUGUGGCCCGCUAUUUGGCCGACCUCCUGGCCCUCCCGGACCACCCUUUUAAUAUGCAGUUGGACUAAAUGGAGUCCUAGUAAUAAUGGGGGGUAUCAGUAAACGGCUCCUCGGAAUCAGUCGGUGUUUUUGUGUACUAAAAUGAUCCUUUCACGCCAGUAUAUUAUUGCUUCUGUUGUUUGGUAAUGGAGGUUGAUGAGGUCUUUCUCGUCGAGGAAUUGGUAAUGGAUGAUGCAGUUAUCUUCGUUGAAUCAAUGGAUAUUGUUGGCAUUGUGUAAUAAUAUGCGCUGUGCUUUGACUUCA